GGGUUGUUUUGCGUUGGGGGGGGUUGCUGGAAGAGAGAGCAUUGGAGUUUGCUCAGACUUGGGUUGGCAUAAUCGCCCCUUUCUUAUUUGUUUUAUUUCUUCAGACUCUCCAAUGAUUUGAACUAUAAGACCCAAAUUUCUCCGUCACUUCCCCAUCCGUUGAUCUCUCUGUGUAAUGGGUUGUUUGAGCGUGCCCGUUCUCUCGCAAUAAGCUGAGAAGCAAAGGAAAAAUCCGAACUUUGUCUCGCCACAGCACACAGGGCCUGGUGUGUUGCAUUAGACAUUGUGUUUGUUUGUAGAGAGAGAGAGAGAGAGAGAGAGUCCCAAGUGAUUUUUAGAUGGCCAAUGUGUCUGGGCUGUUUUCUCCUUCCGUUCCCACCCUGAGAAUCAAGAUUCAGCCUGCGAUAGGAGUUUUUCGAUCUUGGUCUUGCCCGAAUAAGGUCGUGCUGGGGCGGAUACUGUGCGGCAGGGCCAAUGAGAAGCAUGCUUCGGGCGUUGUGUCUUCUGAAUCUCCAGUGCCUAAGGUCAUUGGUAAAGGCUGCAAGUUAAUUGGAUGCGGCUCGGGCAUUCCAACUCUUCAGGUUUCAAAUGAUGAUCUUGCAACAAUUGUCGACACCUCUGAUGAAUGGAUAUCAGUUCGUACUGGGAUCCGCAAUCGACGUGUUCUGUCAGGCAAAGAUAGCUUGACAGGUUUGGCUGUGGAGGCAGCGAGGAAAGCUCUAGAGAUGGCACAGGUUGAUCCUGAGGAUAUUGACCUAGUCUUAAUGUGCACGUCUACGCCAGAGGAUCUUUUUGGUAGCGCUCCUCAGAUUCAAAAAGCACUUGGAUGCAAGCAUAAUCCUUUGGCUUACGACAUAACAGCUGCAUGCAGUGGGUUUGUGCUAGGUCUGGUCUCAGCUGCUUGUCACAUCAGGGGAGGUGGGUUUAACAAUGUCCUAAUUGUUGGCGCGGACUCUCUUUCACGUUAUGUUGAUUGGACUGAUAGAGGGACCUGUAUUUUAUUCGGUGACGCUGCAGGUGCGGUAGUGAUGCAGGCCUGUGAAGCUGAGGAGGACGGUUUAUUGGCUUUUGACUUGCAUAGUGAUGGAGAUGGUCAAAGGUAUCUAAAUGCUUCUGUCAAGGAAAAUGAGACCGAUCAUGCCUUGGGUACUAACGGUUCGGUAAGAGAUUUCCCUCCAAGGCAAUCCUCUUAUUCCUGCAUCCAGAUGAACGGCAAAGAGGUUUUCCGUUUUGCCGUGCGCUGUGUGCCACAGUCAAUUGAAUCUUCCCUCCAGAAGGCCGGCCUUACUGUAUCUAGCAUCGAUUGGCUGUUGCUUCACCAGGCAAACCGGAGGAUCAUUGACGCUGUCGCAACACGUUUGGAAGUCCCUCAGGAGCGUGUCCUAUCAAAUCUGGCAAAUUACGGUAACACAAGCGCUGCAUCGAUCCCCUUGGCCUUGGAUGAAGCUGUUCGUGCUGGAAAGGUGAAGUCGGGCCACAAGAUUGCGGUUGCAGGUUUCGGAGCAGGCCUAACUUGGGGUUCUGCCAUUGUUAGAUGGGGAUAAAGCUUUACAACUUCCAGUUAUCCGUCAAUGACUACUGAGCCUAAGAGUCCAGAUAUCAGCACAAGGCAAUCGCCGAAUUCUUGCUUCCAAAUUUCACAAAAUUCUCCUAGGGAGGUAGCAAUUUUGUUC